AUGACGUACAAUGAUAUGAUUUCAUCAAAUGUCUUCUUCAAACAUCAUCAACUUAUGCAAACUUAUGACAAUGACAUUAUUCAUCAAAAUUAUAAUAGUCCAAACACAAAUCACAGCGCUGUCCAUCCAUCAACUUCAAAUUGGUCUACAUCACAAACUGUACAAAUGAUCUCGCCACCCAUAACGACUUGUACCACUUCUACAUCUAUGAUUCACUCACUGGAUAACUACAAUUAUUCUGAUUCAUUUCCUCCUCAAAUAAAUCCAUUCAGUUUAUUGAAAACAUCACCGAUUCAUUAUAACAAUGUGGAUUGUAAUACUCAUCAUCAUCCUCAUCGUCUUCAUUGUGGGAUGAAACAAUCGGACUCUUUAUUUUUACCAUAUCAGAAUUAUAUGAAUCGAUGGAACAGUGCAUACGUCCGUUUAAUUGCUAAAGCCAUUCUCAGUACACAAGAAAGACGUAUGAUAUUGUCAGAAAUUUAUCAAUGGAUUCAACUACGUUAUCCAUAUUUCAGUUCACGUGGUCCAGGAUGGAGAAAUUCCAUUCGACAUAAUUUAUCAUUGAAUGAUUGUUUUAUUAAAGUUGGUAGAGCUGCAAAUGGUAAAGGACAUUAUUGGGGAAUACAUCCAGCUAACUUGAAAGAUUUUCUCAGUGGUGAUUUCAGAAGACGUAGAGCACAACGUAAAGUACGUCGUGCACUCGGUCUCAGUCGUCCUGAUGAUAAACUGCAUAAGCAAGACGAUGACGAUGAUGAUGACGAUGAAGAUGAUGAUGAGGAUCGUGAUGGUGAUGUUGGUGUCGAUGAUCAAGACACUCUGUCAUCGAAUCCCUCCUCAAUACUCCCACCACUCUUCCAUCGUCUACAUCCACACAUAUCCACAUAUCAAUCGAUGAGGUCAACACUCACAACCAAUUCCUCUCCAACACUCAACACACAUCCACUCAUUAAUUCACACAUAUCUACAUUAGAUCGAUUGACUGAUUCUCCGACCAAUCACAAUCACUCCACAAACAAUCCAACAAACAUCACUACUCCUCUCCUCUUCAAUCCAUCACAUUUCACAUCCACACACAAUUCACAAUUCCUACCUCAUCACCAAGCAUUGAUCAAUGCAUCGUCAACAAGUCGGACAGACACUUCCACUACCUCCACACAAUCUAUCCAAUCACUCGACCUCACCACUCCACCAUUGAAAUCGAAUUGCACCAAUGACACAUUGAUGGAGCUCUUCUACAUCAACUUGAUGCAUUUACUCAACAAUCAUCAUUUAUACAUUCAAUCUCACCUGCAGCACGAUCUGUCUACACCUGAUAAAUUUCUAUUGUCAACUACACAAUCAACUACAAAUACCACUACCAGUACACAUACUACUCAUACUUCCACUACUACUAAUCAUAUUCCCAUCAGUACUACUGUCACCGAUCGUCAUCAUUAUCCCCAUCAUCAUUUUGAUGACAAUGUUCACUAUACGAAUUCAUCCCAUCCUUCACUUGAUCCUGUCAGCACUAGAUCACAUUCACCAGCAACCAGCCAUCCACCAAUCAACCUUGACAGUAAUUCUGAAGAACAAUGA